AGCAGACGCAUAUUCAAUGAUUUAUUCUGUUUAGACAAUUUGUUGUUUGCAAUUAUGCGAGACCUUGAAGAACACGUUUGACAGUUAUGAGUUCAAGGUUUUAUUUAUUCGAAUUUGUCGUUUUUUCUGGGUAUAUCGUUUACAGUUACAUUUUUCUUUAGUGCCCAAUAAUGGAACAUAUUCCUUCUAUAAAUGAUUCAACAAUGUUAGUAAAGCUUCAAGAUCGAAUUGGGAAACUAUUAUUAUCAAGACAAUGGAGUGAUUGUGUUUUCAAAAUAAAUUCUACUUACAUCUAUGCUCAUCGAGUAAUCCUUGCUUCUGCAAGUCCUGUUUUUGAUGCAAUGCUGUAUGGAUCCCUAGCUGAAGUUGAUGUUAUUAAUAUAUAUGAUAUUGAUUUAGAAGCAUUUAAGUGUAUGUUGAGCUACAUUUAUACUGAUAAAAGUUCUAUACCUUCUAUAGAAAAUGCUUGUAAAUUACUCUAUGCUUCGAUAAAGUAUAUGUUACAUCAUUUACAAGGUAUUUGUAAAAUCUAUAUAAUGAAAAAUCUAUCAAUUAGUAAUGCAUUGGAAAUAUUAGACUUUGCUAUAGUCAUACAUGAUGAUUUUUUGAUAAAAGCUGCAAUGCAAGUAAUCUGCACACAUCCUAAAUAUGUAUUUUUGGAAACAGACUAUCAUCCGCAUCCCUUGACAAUGCUUGAAAUAGCAAAGCAAGAAACAAUAAAUAUUUCGGAAAUUGAUUUACUUGAUAUAAUAAACAAAUGGUAUUUAAACGAAUGUGAUAUUCAAGGAAUCAACAUAUCUAUGGAUAGUGUUCAAAAAAUACUAAUUGAUAGUGAAAUUCUUCAUAAAAUCAGAUUUUCAUCUAUGAGUAUGAGUGAUUACUCUAAAAUACAUUCUAUAAUUAAUCAUUUGCCUCAUGAGACUUUGCAUAAAAUGACGAAUAAUGCUCAGUUAAGUAAAAUAACAUUAUCACCUAGGAAGAAAGUUAACAUAGUAUGGCAUUAUUGCAUUUGCCGAUAUUUCAAGUCAUCAUAUCCCCUGUGGGUUGAUUCUAGUACCCCUUCUCUUCAAGUUAUUAUAAUUGCAAACAAAACUGUUCUUGUUAAUAGUUUUAAAAUUACAUCUCGAUUAAGUCCUCCAAAUCUUCAGUGGCCAUUUAGUAAUUUGGGUAAUGACUAUAAUGAAAAUAUCAAAGUUGAAGUGGUAGAUAAUUAUCAAAAUAUUAUGGCUGAAACUAAUAUCUGUUCUAAAGCAAAUUUUAAUGAUUAUUUAAACAUUAAUUUAAAUGAGCCUAUUGUUUUUCGGAACAAAGAACCAUAUACAGUGAAAUUUAAAUGGAAUAUGGAUGAAUUAUCAACAAUGGUUGCACAAUACCCGCAACAGUUUGUAUCAGAUAUAGGGAGCAAAAAUGGAAUUACAUUUUCUAUAAAGAAUCAAGAAGCAACAUUUAUCUGUGGAAUAACAUACUCAUUGUGA